AUGCUGACCAGGUUCCUGGGCCCGCGCUACCGCCAGCUGGCCAGAAACUGGGUCCCCACAGCAAGCAUAUGGGGCGCCGUAGGUGCCGUGGGGCUGGUAUGGGCCACUGACUGGCGGCUGAUUCUGGACUGGGUGCCCUACAUCAAUGGCAAGUUCAAGAAGGAUGACUAA